AAUAGGAAAAAAACAAGGAAAAGAAAAAGAAAAACGAAGAGAGCUUCUCGAGCACUGAUGACAGAGUGAACCCGAAGAAAGAGAGCUUCUCGCCUCUCUCUCUGUCUUUCUCUGGGCUCGAGUUUCCAAAUUAAGUCUCUCCGAGUCGACUCAGUAAUGGCAGGUUUGACUCCGAGUCCACUGUUCCGAGUUCGGAUUUUGACGAUAUCUCGGCCGUUGGAUCCUUAUAUCCAUUUUCGGUUGGGAAUGGUUUGAGUUCCUAGUGUUGGCUCGGAGCUCAGGUGUGGUGUUAUGCUCAUUUUACAGUGUGAUCUCGCCGUUGAUUUCAUCGAAUCUCACAGAUCUGAGGAAGCGAUCCUGCGGUCAUCUACGGCGUCGGUGAUGUCGGUGUGCGCGGUUUCUGUCACCGCCGGAGUAUUGGAAAUGCUUCGAUGGUUGUUGCGGAAACGUUUGCUUGUAUUGUUUUAUUUGAUAUACAUCACCAAUGCUGAUGUAUCCAAUGAUCUAUUGGAAGCCCCUUUAGUAUCUCCUACUAGUGCACCUUUGACUGCACCUGCUAUUCCUGAUCUACCUCUACCAGCUGAUCCUCCUUUGUUCCAUAAACCUCGACAUAAGCAUUUUUCUCCACGUGGUGCGCCAACAACUGUACUAUCACCAGCCCAUCCUCCUUUUUAUGGCCCACUGUUAACUCCUGGUCACCCCCCUACUAGCUCACGAUUGUCAAAACCAUUGAUGAAGAGGAGCGUAUUAGCACCACCUAUUGCUAGUCUUAAGAAUAUUGCCCCAACACAGUCCAGUGCUGGUGCACUUCCUUCUGGUUUAGCUCAGCCACCACUAUCUCCUUCUGUCUCUGAUUGUUGCAAACCAGACAUGAUAUUGAAACAAGGGACUCAGGGGUGCCACUGUGUGUAUCCAAUAAAACUAGACCUUCUCCUCUUAAACGUCUCUCAAAAUUGGAAUCUUUUUCUACAAGAAUUAGCUUCCCAACUUAGUUUGCAAAAUUCCCAAAUUCAGCUGAUAAACUUUUAUGUACUCAGCUUAUCAACAUUAAAUAUUUCAAUGGAUAUAGUUCCACGUACGGGGAUCAGUUUUUCUGCCAGUGAUGCAUCUGUGAUAAAUUCUUUGCUCGUCAUGCAUAAGGUCCAUCUAAACCCUACAUUUGUGGGUGAUUACAGACUUCUCAAUUUUACCUGGUUUCAGCCUCCACUGCCUUCUCCAGCUCCUCUUAUUGCUACAUCGCCUGUGGAGGCCCCACCAUAUCAUUCAGCAACUCCUGCAUCACUUGGUGCUUCAAACAAAGAGCGGCAUUCAAAUUUAACUGCUAUACUUGGUAUUGGAGCUGCCAUAAUGUUCAUCGCCAUUGUAUCUGUGAUUAUAAUUUGUUUAUGCGCAUUCCGCCAAGGGAAGACUAAAGCAUCUCUUGUAGAAACUGAAAAGCUGAGGACUGUGGGUGCAGUUCCGGCAGUAGGAUCUCUUCCCCACCCAACCAGCACUCGGUUUCUAGCUUAUGAAGAACUUAAAGAAGCCACAAACAACUUUGAAUCUGCAAGCAUACUUGGAGAAGGUGGGUUUGGUAGAGUUUACAAGGGUGUCUUAAGUGACGGUACAGCUGUAGCAAUUAAGAGGCUUACUAGUGGAGGGCAACAAGGGGAUAAAGAGUUUCUGGUAGAGGUUGAGAUGCUUAGUAGGCUGCAUCACCGUAAUCUUGUCAAACUUGUGGGUUACUAUAGCAAUCGUGACUCUUCACAAAACCUACUUUGCUAUGAGCUCGUCCCAAAUGGAAGCUUGGAGGCCUGGCUCCAUGGUCCCUUGGGAGUAAAUUGUCCUUUGGAUUGGGACACAAGAAUGAAGAUUGCACUUGAUGCUGCAAGGGGACUUGCAUACCUGCACGAGGACUCACAGCCCUGUGUUAUCCACAGAGAUUUCAAGGCAUCCAAUAUACUGCUUGAGAACAACUUUAAUGCUAAAGUUGCUGACUUUGGCCUCGCUAAACAGGCACCCGAAGGCAGAAUAAACUACCUCUCUACUCGAGUGAUGGGCACAUUUGGGUAUGUAGCUCCUGAGUAUGCUAUGACUGGACAUCUACUCGUUAAAAGUGAUGUAUACAGCUAUGGGGUUGUACUACUUGAAUUGCUGACCGGAAGGAAGCCUGUGGAAAUGUCACAACCAGCUGGACAGGAAAACCUCGUCACUUGGGCCAGACCAAUUCUUAGAGACAAGGAUCGGCUGGAAGAGCUUGCUGAUUCAACGCUUGGAGGGAAGUACCCGAAGGAAGAUUUUGUACGUGUUUGCACAAUUGCGGCCGCUUGUGUUGCACCCGAGGCAAGCCAACGGCCUACAAUGGGUGAAGUGGUGCAGUCACUAAAAAUGGUGCAGCGUGUCACAGAAUAUCAAGAUUCCAUGUUAACCUCUUCCAACAACCGGCCAAACCUAAGGCAGUCAUCUACUACCUUCGAGUCUGAUGGCACGUCUUCGAUGUUCUCUUCCGGUCCUUACUCCGGUCUAAGUACCUUCGACAAUGACAACAUCUCAAGAACAGCGGUCUUCUCUGAAGAUCUUCAUGAAGGACGAUGAAGACUUUUAAAGGUAAGUUAACCAAAAGCCUUCAUUCGCUGUAAAGUUUUUGACUGCCAAAAUCAACAAUGUGAAGAGCCUUCCUUGUUGGAGGUGGAAGAAUGUAGCAGGGUUUUCCUUUCUUUCUUUUUUUCUCAGUAAUUGUGAUUGGUGGGGGAUUGGAAUGGGUGCUUUUGUUAUCCCUUGUGGAGAACCAUUGUUCAGUUUUCCCCUAGGCAGCGGUUCUCCUCGGUGAUAGAUUUUGUAAAUAUGCCCAUCAGUUUGUUUCAUCGGAUUGGCUUCAAAGGGUCUUUUAAUUUAAUGCUUCUUUCUUUUU